GCCCUAAAAACCAAAGAAGAAGAAGAAGAAGUAGAAGGAGGAAGAGCAGCUGUUUGUGUUGUUGUGAUCAGCUGACAGGAGGAAAUGGUCUCCACGGUGCUGAACACCGACGUGAAGCAGAAAGAUGCUGAUGGUGCGAUGGUCGUCGCGGUAACAUCUCGGGCGGUGUUUGAAGCUGGUGAUGAUGAUGAUGAUGAGGUGUACGGUGUGGGCGUGGCCUUCACUCUGCUGCAGGCUCUGCAAAGAGUGAACCAACGUCUGCUGGAGGAAAAUCCUGCCGAGUCGCUGCUGUUUGACAUCGUCCUGAUCACCACCGACAGCCGGCAGCAGAGCGCCCGCAUCAUCAGCAGCACCAGACAUUACGGUCUGGAGGUGAGCCAGUUCUGGUUUUCGGACGAGGAGGAUUUCAUGGAGACGUUGGUGAAACAUGAGGUGCAGCUGUUUGUGUCUGUGGACCGAGCCGAGGUUCUGCAGGGGUCACAGAGAGGAGUCCUGUCAGUGCUGCUGGACCAGCAGACCACUUCCUGUCCGUCACAGCAGCUCAGAGUCUUGUUCUGUGGGGACAGCGUCGACGAUGACAGCGUGGCGACUCACCAGGCGGCUCAGCGUUUCUCGGGGCGGCUCGGUGAGCUGCGGCUGCGUUUCGGAGUCUCCGACAGCCCUCUCAGGAUCGUGCUGAUGAUGUCACACGGCGGGCGGGAAAGCUGCGGCGGCGCUCUGCGGACGCUGCGUUCCCGCGGCGUCAGCGUGGACGAGGCGUACUGCCUGGCCGGGGCUCCCAGGGGCCCCAUCCUGUCCGUGCUACGACCUCACUUCCUGCUCAGCCACACGGAGGAGUGAUGACAUCAUCCUAUCGCCUUAAAGAGCCAAUCAGAGUUAAGCCCCGCCCCCCACUCAGCUGUCACUCAUCUGCUUUUUUCAGUCUGUUCGUUCUUUAUUUUCUAGUUUUAUUCAUAAUAAAAACAUUAA